CCGGAAAACAAUAACAACUAUUAGUGUUUCUUAACCUUAUACAUAAAAUGACAUCGAAACGUAAACCAGAAAACCAAAUUCCAUCUGAAGAAAGUGACCAAUUGCUCAUCAGACCACUUGGAGCUGGGCAAGAGGUUGGUCGGUCAUGUAUUAUGCUGGAAUUCAAAGGGAAGAAAAUUAUGCUGGACUGUGGCAUACAUCCAGGACUCAAUGGGUUUGCCUCGUUGCCCUUCCUUGACCUGGUGGACAUAGAAGAGAUAGACCUCCUGCUGGUCAGCCACUUCCACCUGGACCACUGUGGGGGCCUGCCCUACCUACUGGAGAAAACAGGCUUCAAGGGACGCUGCUUCAUGACUCAUGCCUCCAAGGCCAUUUACCGCUGGCUCCUCUCAGACUAUGUCAAAGUCAGUACUAUUGGAACAGAUGACAUGCUUUACACAGACAAGGAUAUAGAGAACAGUAUGGACAAGAUUGAAACAAUUAAUUUUCACCAGGAGGUGGAGGUUGGAGGGGUGAGGUUCUGGUGUUACACAGCAGGCCAUGUGCUCGGGGCAGCCAUGUUCAUGAUUGAGAUAGCUGGAGUAAAGGUGUUGUAUACAGGAGACUUCUCCUGCCAGGAGGACAGACACUUGUGUUCAGCUGAGGUGCCAAAUGUGCAUCCCGAUGUCGUCAUCACUGAGUCCACAUAUGGCACCCACAUCCAUGAGGACAGGGAGGACAGAGAGGCCAGGUUCACGGGGCUUGUACACGACAUUGUCACACGAGGGGGGCGCUGCUUGAUACCGGUCUUUGCAUUGGGCAGAGCACAGGAACUACUCUUGAUUUUGGAUGAGUACUGGUCAAACCACCCCGAGCUCCAUGAUGUGCCCAUCUACUACGCCUCCUCACUUGCCAAGAAGUGCAUGAGUGUCUACCAGACCUACGUCAAUGCAAUGAAUGACAAAAUAAAAAAACAGAUCUCCAUCAGCAAUCCCUUUGUCUUCAAACAUAUCUCAAAUCUAAAGAGUAUGGAGCACUUUGAGGACAUUGGGCCGUCUGUGGUGCUAGCCUCGCCAGGCAUGAUGCAGAGCGGUCUGUCAAGGGAGCUCUUUGAGAGCUGGUGCACCGACAAGCGCAAUGGGGUCAUCAUUGCUGGCUACUGUGUGGAGGGUACCCUUGCAAAGACAAUCCUGUCAGAGCCUGAGGAUAUUCUGACAAUGGCAGGUCAGAAGUUGCCCCUCAAGUGCUCUGUGGACUACAUCUCCUUCUCUGCCCACACAGACUACAAGCAGACCAGUGGCUUCCUCCGCACCUUGAAACCCACACACACGGUGCUGGUGCAUGGUGAGCAGAAUGAGAUGUCUCGUCUGAAGGCUGCCCUGCUGAGGGAGUAUGAGGACGACACAGAGUACCAGAUGCAGGUGCACAAUCCACGCAACACUGUCGCGGUCGAGUUCCACUUCCGGGGAGAGAAAAUGGCAAAAGUGGUGGGGUCCCUGGCUGCAAAGAAGCCUGUAGAGGGUGACAGGAUCUCUGGAAUUCUGGUGAAGCGUAACUUCAAUUACCAUAUCAUGGACCCAACUGACCUUGCCAACUACACAGAGCUGGCUAUGAGCACAGUUACCCAGAGGCUAAGUGUGCGGUACACGGGCCCUGUGAGCCUGCUGCAGUACUACCUCACCCAGCUGUCUGGGGAUCUGGAGAGCCAGCCUGCGCAGAGAGACCGCACUGUGCUACGAGUAUUUAAGUCUGUGAACGUGAUUGUGGAGCACAAGCUGGUCAUCAUUGAGUGGGUCUCAAACCCGGUCACAGACAUGUAUGCAGACUCUGUGGUGACCGUUGUUCUUCAGGCCGAAAAUGAUCCACUCAGACAAAAAGGGGUCCCCCAGGCAGUCAAGGUGGACAAGAGCCACAUCCAAGAGUGCCUGCUGGAGAUGCUGGCAGACAUGUUUGGCAAGGAGUGCAUUGGCAAGAUGAUCCGGGGCAACAACAUCUCAAUCACCAUUGAUGAGAAGGUUGCUCUAGUCAACGUGGAGAAUCUUGAAGUAAAGUGUGAUGACCCUGACCUGCAGGGAGUCAUACAGACAGCCGUGACCAAGCUGUACCAGGCUAUUGCCCCAGUUAAGCCUGCCCUAGAUCUGCAGACCCCCUCCAGUGGACAUGAAAAAAAGGUCCCAGUGUAGUGCAGGCUUAACACACAACCUAUAGCUGCUCAUAGUACACACGGUGUGAUACUUGACUGGCUGCCAAUCUACUUAAUGUGUGUCAACAAGAGUAAUUAAUAUGCUCACUUACACAAUUACAUUGGCAACUGAAAUGUGCUGAUAUGUCACAGGAAGAGUGCAGAUCAGAUAUGCAUUGUAUAAACCCCCAAAUACUGUUCUGCAAGUUGUGUACUCUUGACAUGGUAACAUCAGCAACAUGUUAGCUAUGCAAGCAGCCAUCUCCACAGAAGACUAGGCGCAUGCCAAGGGCUGUGAACUGUGUCAUAUACCAACUGUGUCACAGCAUUGUCACAUACAUAUAGUGUAUAAGAAACAUCCCAUUAUUACUUAAUGUUUGCUGUAAACUUCAUAUUUAAUAAAUUUGAUGCCUAUAAUAGUC